AUGUCAGGUGGUAUAGCUACAUUUUUGCUUAUGACAUCUGUCAAACUCAAAAGUGAUUUCGGGAAGUACCAAGCGUUCCAGUUUUUCCUGCACAUCCUGGCAGCUAUGACAGCUGGACUUCAUAUGCUGUCCUUGGUCACUGUGGCGGCAGUACCAGAGCACAGGUGUUUCCUGUCUGGAAUAGACAGUUCUAAUUAUACGGAAGCCUGGAACUCUUCCUUGGUUCUUGAAGCUAUACCAUUGAAUGAACAUGGAAAACUGGAUUCUUGUAAGGUAUACGGAGAAAAUAAAACCCUAGAGGAAUGCACAUCGUGGGUAUACGAUACACCGUACUUUACCUCUUCGCGUGGUAUUGAAUGGGAUUUUGUGUGUGGAAGGCGCUGGAUGGGGGCAGCUGCGCAAACGGCGUAUAUGUUUGGCGUCGUCAUUGGAUCAAUUGUUCUCGGUCGGUUAUGUGAUAAAAUCGGACGAAAAACCGUCUUUGUGUGGGCAGGAAUUCUUCAGUUAAUAUUUGGUGCUUCAGUAGCUUUUUCGACCGACUAUUAUAUGUUUGUAACGAUACGAUUUCUAUACGGCAUAUUUGGAUCCGGUUCAUAUAUCGCAGGAUUCGUACUUACUAUGGAACUCGUAGGACCAAGCAGGCGUACGUUGUGUGGUGUCACUUUCCAAAUUAUGUUUGCCAUUGGGAUAAUGCUAAUUGCAGCGUGGGGAUAUCUCAUAGACAAUAGGUUCUAUUUACAAAUUGUCUAUGCAUUGCACGCGGUCAUUCUUUUGCCUCAUUGGUUUUUAAUGGACGAAUCUCCAAGGUGGCUUUGGACGCAAGGCAGAGCCCGGGAAUGCGUAGCUAUAAUUAAAAAGGCUUUGAAAAUGAACAAUUCUUCCGAAACGAUUGACGCGUCGUCACUAGUCUCUCAAUGUAAAGCGAAGAACGCCAAAUAUGCAAAUGAAGAAGCGGCGGGAACUUCUGACCUUUUCAAGUCACCAAAUAUGCUCAAAAAAACUUUGAUAAUUUGCGGUUGCUGGUUUGCGAAUUCAGUUGUUUAUUACGGACUGUCAUUGAACAGCGGAAAGUUAAAUGGAAAUCCAUAUUUUAUAUUUUUCCUUAUGGGUGUGGUAGAGAUGCCUAGCUAUGUGAUUAUUAUGCUUUAUUUAGACCGCGUUGGGCACAGAGCGCUUAUAAGUGCAAUGAUGUUAUUUGGAGGAAUUGCUUGCGUUGCCGUUGUGGCCUUGCCGCACGGGUCCAUGGCUGCGACGGUGGUCGUCAUGAUUGGAAAGUUAUUUAUUUCUGGAUCUUAUUCAAUCAUUUACAAAUAUUCGGCUGAGUUAUUCCCUACCGUAAUCCGUAGUUCCGGUGUUGGUUUGGGAAGUAUGUGCGCAAGUGUAUCGGGAGCUUUGACGCCAUUGAUAAGUUUAUUAGACACUUUGAAUCCUAAAAUACCGACAUUUGUUUUUGCGGUGUUGGCUUUAUUAUCAGGGUUCUCGGCAUUUUUCCUUCCCGAGACAAUUGGAAGAGACUUGCCGCAGACAAUAGAAGAUGGAGAAAAGUUUGGCGUCGGUGAUAACUGUUUUACUAAUUGUAGCGGACGACAAAUGAGUGUAGAUUCUAUUGAUGUACCGGAAACCAUGGUACCUUUAGAUGGAGAGAAGAAACAAUAA